AUGGCGAAGUGGCUGGCUGAGAGCCAGUGCGGUCGGAGUGUCGAGCUCGAGUCAGCCACCGAAAGCACAGAAUUAGAGCAAACUCAGUACAUAGAAUGUUUGAUUGAAAAUAUUGUAUGUACGCCCUCAUAUCUCAUUUCUAAUGCCUAUUCAGGAGUACCGCUGCUCACCCCAACUGGGGAAGGCCCUAUAAAAAGUGGGCUAAACAUCAGUGGUCACACCAUUCCAGUCAUUGGGCAGCUGCACCCAGUGACCCACUGUAUACGUAGCCGUGAAAGAAGGAAACAUUAUAAUAAAACAUACCUCAAAAUAGGUGCAUGGAAUGUGCACACCCUUCCCUUAUGUGAUGCCAGAGACACAGAUCGCCCUGAAAGGCGACCAGCCUUAGUCUCAAGAGAAAUCACCAAAUUCAACAUUGAUGUGGCUGCUCUCAGCGAGACUAAAUUACUUGGCGAAGGGCAAAUCACAGAAGUUGGGUCAGGAUAUACUUUCUUUUGGAAAGGGAAAAACCCGGAAGACCACCGCUCCCAGGGUGUGGGCUUUGCAGUUAAGACCCAAUUAGUAAAAGCCCAUAACCUGACACCAAAUGCGAUCAAUGAAAGAAUCACCUUACUAAGACUACCACUCCCAAAAAAUCAGUUCAUCACGCUAAUAUCAGUGUACGCCCCAACACUAGAUGCGGAAGACCAUGUCAAAGGUGCCUUCUACCAACAGCUUGACACUGUCAUAUCCCAAAUUCCAGCUGGGGACCGUCUCCUUCUCUUAGGGGAUUUUAACGCCAGAGUAGGGCGAGAACAUGAACUCUGGCGCAACAUAAUCGGCAAGCAAGGCAUGGGAAACUGCAAUGAUAAUGGCCUCCUCCUCCUUGGCCUCUGUGCUGAACAGGAACUGUUCAUCACAAACACGCAGUUCAGACUCCCGAACCGAUUUAAGACUACCUGGAAACAUCCUAGAUCAAAACACUGGCAUAUCUUAGAUUAUGCCAUUGUCAGACAACACAAAAAUGAGGUUUUAAUCACAAGAAGCAUGCCCGGAGCCGAUGACUGCUGGACAGAUCACCGGCUACUCAUCACAAAACUAAAACUAACCAUCAAAAGGAAGCCACGUAACAUCCAACAAAAUGAAGCCAGAAGAUAUGACACUGGCAAAUUAAAAGAUCCUGAUACAUCACGAGCUUUCCAAGCAGCAAUCCAGCAGAACCUACCAGCCAGAGAACUUUCAGUCGACGCUGAAUGGACUAACAUACGAGAUGCCAUCAAUGAAACUGCAAGAACCGUAAUCGGCUAUCAGAGCAAACAGCACCAGGAUUGGUUUGACGACAACGACAAAGAUAUUGAGGCCCUCAUUAACACCAAACGGAAAGCCCGAAUUGCCCAUGACCAAGACCCUAAUUCCCAACCAAAGAUGGCUAAAUAUGCACAAGCAAAGUCACAGUGUCAAGCCAGGCUUCGGGAAAUACAAAAUGAGUGGUGGCAGCAAAUGGCUCAAGACCUACAAGGUUAUGCUGACAGUAGGGACCUUAAAAGCUUCUUUGAAGGCACAAAGAAAAUUUUCGGACCCAAGCACACUGCUGCAGGGACACUUUUGGCAGCGGACAACACCAUCCUCACGGAAGACUAUGAGAUCCAGAACCGUUGGGUAGAACACUUCAACACCCUCCUGAACAGGAACUCAUCAGCCCAACAAGACUUCCUCCGAAAUGUACCACAACACCCACCCAACUAUGGAUGUCCCUACACCAACAUUUCGAGAAUUUGA